AUGUACACGGAUCAGACUUUAGAAAGAAGGCAGUCAACUUUGGCGAAAUACUCUGGGUCUGUAAGCUCUUGGAUUUCUUCUCUUGUGAGCCAUUUGUAUUCUUGGCAACCCUGGAUUUUGUUCAAUUUAAAAUCACCUGCAACAAUAUGCGACUUGAUCAAAUAUUCUCUCACACCAUCCUCUCCCAUAUCAGAGACAAUCUUGCCCUUAGAGAAUUUGAUCAAAGCGGUUGGGGUGUUCGAGACUGUCCAAAUGUUUAAUUUGUCUCCGCCCAAACUCUUCAAACCGUCUUCGGCGACUAAAUGUAAUGGUUUCGAGUCAUCUGCAACUUCAAAUGCUGGAAACUUCCAAGAGUUGUUCUGUUUCACAAGGAGAUACAACGUUCUUGACAAGCUUCUUUCUAAUGACAGCUUGUUGUCUGAUUUAUCAGCUUCAGUAAUUCGAGGCAUCGGGUUAAUAGGUCUACUAGCAUCAUCCAGGUUUUCUUCACGAGACUCUGGAGCCUGA